CUCAUUUCAAAACAGGUGACUUGACAUCUCAGCGCAGUUAUCUCCCUUUCCUUCCAAUUUCUUCUUUCUUCGCCACGUUUUCGGCCGGUAAUAAACAGCUUCUUCUGAGUAACCAAUGGAUAACUCAGGCCAAAAUAUACUGAUUUUGGCCAAACUGAAUGAAGUAUGUGGCAACUCAAGUACAGCAACCCGAAUUAAAUGUCACCUUGCGAAAGUAGGUUUCCAUUGUAUCUUACAAGAUGUUGGGUCAAUUGAGUGUGUGGAUGUUGUUCUACAACAGCAUCAAAUAUCAGCCAUAUUGGCACUGCAUGCUUACCAUUCAGGAAAGAUUCUUACAAAUAGUCGUCUAAACAUACCAUAUGCUGUCGUCCUUGGUGGAACUGACGUCAAUGAAUAUCAUAGAGAUACUGACAAGAUGAAAAUUAUGUCUUCAGUUCUUAAACAUUCCAAGUACAUAAUAGGAUUUAGUAAACAAAUGGUCAACACAGCUACAAGAUUAUGGAAAAACAUAGAUGCUGGGAUAUUUAUAUCUAUCCCUCAAGCUGUUGAAACAUAUCCAUCAGACUUUUCCCUGCCAGAAUACCUGAAGGCACACAAUCAUAUUCCGGCUGGACUGUCAGCUCAAGAUUUGGACAUUUUCCUUCUAAUUGGUGGCAUCCGGUCCGUAAAGGACCCCCUCUACCUCACAGAUAUAUUUUCAGAAUGGCACAGAGAACAUAGAAUGUGUUUCUUUGUUAUCAUCGGUCCCAAGAUUGAAGAUUGUUAUUAUGAAAAGUUCCUGAAUAAAAUCAAAACGUUACCUGGAAUCGUCUACAUAAAUGGUCUGCUUCCAGCUGACACUCAUGCUUCAAUAGAACAAAGUUGUGCUGUAGUCAACUCGUCCCUCAGUGAAGGAAUGUCAACAGCAAUUUUGGAGGCAAUGCAACUUGGCACUCCAGUGAUUGCUCGCAACAUUCCCGGCAAUUCUGCUAUUCUCCAGGAUGGUAAAUCUGCUCUCCUUUAUAAUACACCCCAGGAGUUCUUGAAAAAAGCCAAAUUAUUACUUCGUGAUCCAACUUUAUACAAUGAAAUUGUGAUGGCAGCAAAACAUGGCAUUGAGACAUACCAUAAUUUAGAAGAGGAAAGAAGAGCCUACACAAUGGUAGUACAUGAUCUUUUGUCUAAGAUCCAUCACUGAGUCUUUUUAAAAGAAGUAUCCCAUUAGCCUUCACUCUUUGCACACACACACACACACACACAUCCUCCACUCCAGCCAAGGUUACCAAAUUCAUUUACAUCCGACCUAAAUAAUUGAACCAACUUAUAUAUCAGAAAUUAAGUUUUUUUCCUACAUUUAUGGAAGCUUUAGAAAGUUUAAGAAUAAUAUAGUAUGAAAAUUCAAUUUCUAGUUUUCGUUGGAGACUAAUAUUCAUUAAAAGAAUGAUAGCAAAAAUAACUAAAUACUUCUCUUGGUCAUUAAAUCUUAGUGUUUUUCACAGGUAACAUUACACAGAACUAUCACCUCCAAAUAGGAUUAUCGUAUCUUGGCAAAAAAAUAAAUAUUUAAAUUAUGGAAGUUUCAUGGCAAUAAAAAUUUUUAUACAAAACUGGCCAAAA